UCUAGGCUGAUCCGGCGUUGACCACCUACCACUUUCCGUCUUGUCGAGCAAUCUAGCAGACAUGGCCGUUUAAUUUUGAAAUUAAUUUAAAAGUCUUGUGUUGUAGUGUAUUUGUUGUCUGGAAAUCCCGAAUUAGGCAUGAGCUGGCCAAGCACGAGGAGAAAGAUACCACGACGGACAAUAUCUGCUAGAUGGCUGCAACCUUUGCUUGAAGACCGCGACUAUAAAGGUCUCCCUGCAAACCCUGGUGGAAAUGCAGCAAAUUCAUUGUGUGGUCGGCGCCGUGCAUUCCAACAAGGCGACACAGCGCACGCGGUGUCGAGUCAUCGUGCACCGGCGGCCGUGCAAGACCGUUGCACAAGAAAUGCUGGCAACGCUACUGAUCAACUAUACGCAAUGUCAAAAGUGAGUAAACUUAAUUCCGAUUUGAAAGAAGAUACCAAAAUUGUCACGCCACACACAAAACGAAAAUAGUUUUUAACGACAGCAAAUACGCAGUUAUUUUGUUUAAAAUGAGUGUUCGCGAGGAAAAACGGGAGAAAAAUACUUGCCCCUUCAAAGUACUCGCGUUCAUUAUAUCGAUGGCGCGAGGAAGACCAAAAACAACAAUAAUGAAAACACAGGCGGUGUGCCUAGGACCUGUAAACUUUAAGAAAAAAUCUGUGCCAAUUGUGAAGCCAGUAGCGAUAGUUCAAAGCCGUCCCAAACUGACAGCCGUAAAUUUAAACUUUCAAAACAUGCCGCUGAGUUGGCUAAGAAAUAUGAUGGUCAUCACGCGCCGA